AUGGAAACGGACUCGGAAACAGAACCAGCACCUCCCCAGUUUUAUUUUUGCCCAAAACCGGAGCCAAAACUUAAGCCACCAUGCAGCGAUGACGAGAAGCGACAGAUUGCGGAGCGACAGGUCGUACGGAAAUGUAAACACAAGGCUUCACGUCCAUAUCAUCAGUUCGUCUAUCAGAUAUCGAUAGAGCGCGAACGGAUCCAAGAAGAACAUGAGCAUGAGGAAUGCGCUAGUGCCCCUGAUAUCAGUACAAAGUCGUACGAGAACUUCAAGAACACAUGGACCAGGCGAGGAAUCUGGGACAAGAGAUGGGAUGUACUGCCUGGAAUGUCGUGGAAGCAUGAACGUCCUUUCGAGGAGAUUGUUCGUGAGGAGAUGGGCAACGAUCCUACUCCAGCUACUCCACUCAUGGACGGCAGUGAUGAAGCACCUUCCAUACGAAUUUUCGGUUCUCAUUCUCUCGCUCAAUCAAAUGAACGCCAGGUGCCUGGCGCCUCGAGUUCAUCUCAACAAGGACCGCCCGUCGAUAUUGCUUCGGCAGGAUCAGAGACUGGCACGGUCGGCAAACGCUCUCUCUCUGCGCCGAAUUCACCUCCCCCCAGUUCGGGUUAA